AUUUGAGGCUAGCGGCUCUCCCCAUGAAGCUACACCCAUUUCUUGAAGUCUGAUGUGACCGGUGACUUCGAUCUUAGUCAUCGUGCGACACGAGUCACGUACGUCAACACCCCGCACCUGUCCUCAUAUAAAGCGGCGAUCGCACCGGCUUCCCCCGCCGCUCGGAGCUGCGAUGCUUCACCCCAGGAUGCGGAGUGACGGUAACAUGGAGAACCGGGAAUCCGCAGCCAUACGCCAGCAACGGAGGAUGAAGCAGACCCUGCAGUUUAUUCACAAGGACUCUGCCGACCUACUGCCCCUAGACGGACUCAAGAAAUUGGGAACCUCCAAGGAAAUGCAACCACAUAAUAUUUUACAGAGACGGCUGAUGGACGCCAAUAUGUCGAGAUGCAAGCAGAACAAUCGCGGCGUUAAACCCCCUAACAAUGGUGCUGUACUGCAAAGCAUCGGGUCUCACCUGGGAAAGCAGGAGAGCUUUAUUCAGCCCGAGGAGGACGACUAUGUAUUUGUGAACUGCAAGUGUUGGGGGCGGGAGACGAAGGUUCUGAUAGACACUGGCUGCAAGGCCAACCUCAUGUCCACAGCAUGUGUUGAAAGACUCGGCUUAAAGGAAAGAGUCAACAUGAACAAAACUGAGAUGGACUCCUUGCCAUUGUGGCGUAACCUCCAGCCUCAGGGGCACAUCGAGAAAGUCACGCUGGUAAUUGGACAAGUGAAGAUCGAGUGCACAGUGACAGUCGUCGAACAUGAGAAGUCUUUCAUGUCUCUUGGGGCCAGAACCUUGAAAUCACAGAGGUGUGUGAUUGACAUGGAAAAGCAAAUGCUGGUGCUUGGCAGAGUGGAGAGGGAGCAAGUCCAGUUUGUUGAUUGCAGAAGUGGACUGCUGGACUGAUGGUCUCCCUGACUCCAGGAAGUCUGAUCCCUCACCCUACUGUGUGGAAAUAGAUGUUGAGACCUCUAGCCUUAGGAAUGAAAAGAUGCCCCCCUCUGCAAUAGCUGUCUCUUCACAGAAAGGUAAACAGGAGUCACCCAGCCAGGCCAAAAAUGGAAGUCCGCAUUCUGACGGGCGUCCUGCUACUGGAUUGCCUCAGGAGCUCACUGCCCUAAAAAUGACCACCUAUCUCACCGUUGCCAAGCUGAACUCUAUUUAAAGUUGUUUUUUAUAUGUAUACAUAUAGUAAUAUUACAAAGCAACACCAAAUAAUCCAAAUAUCAUUGGUCAGUACUGUUAUUUUUUAGAAAAAAAAAAUCAAGUUAGAAAAACAAGUGCUUUGUACAAAUGGUUGUAUACUGUUCAUAGGAUAAAUGUAGCUAUACGAACAUGU